GGACCACCAAACUUACCUUCAUUCUCGUCAUCCAAUUCUUCCCCGUCUUCUCACGUUUCUUAUUUCGUUUCUAUUUAGCAGAAACUUACUCGGAAAUUCGAUAGACAUUUCUUUAUUUUCAUCUCAUCAUGUCUGGUUACGACAGAGCGUUGUCAGUUUUCAGUCCUGAUGGACACGUCUUCCAGGUCGAAUAUGCUCUCGAGGCCGUUAAACGAGGAACAUGCGCCGUCGGCGUCAAAGGCAAAGAUAUCGUUGUACUCGGCUGUGAGAAGCGAUCAGCGAUGAAACUUCAGGACACUCGGAUUACACCCUCCAAGAUCGGCCUCAUAGACACCCACGUUUGCUUAGCAUUUGCCGGACUGAACGCCGAUGCCCGUAUCCUCAUCGACAAAGCAAGAUUAGAGGCGCAAUCUCAUCGGUUGACCGUUGAGGACCCUGUCUCCAUUGAUUACAUCACCAAAUACGUGGCGGGUGUGCAGCAACGGUACACGCAGAGCGGUGGUGUUCGUCCAUUCGGUAUUAGCACUUUGAUUGUUGGUUUCGACAAGGGAGACACUACCCCCAGAUUAUAUCUGACAGAGCCCUCUGGAAUCUACUCCGCAUGGAAAGCAAACGCUAUCGGCCGGUCGAGCAAGACCGUGCGGGAGUUCCUCGAGCGCAACCAUAAGGACGGCAUGGACCGGGAGGAGACAAUUAAGCUGACGGUCAAGUCACUUCUCGAGGUAGUCCAAACCGGUGCCAAGAACAUCGAGAUUGCAAUCAUGGCACCUGGAAAACCAUUGGAACUGCUCCCCGUUGAGGAUAUCGAAUCAUAUGUGAAGAAUAUUGAGACUGAAAAGCAAGAGGAGGCAUCGAAAAAGAAGGGAGGCCGAACACCAGGAACUGGAACUGCCGCCAUUCUUACACGGCCGGGUGGUGAAACUGGUGGUGCGAGCUAGAGAUUUAUCAAGAUAUCUCGCCCUUGAGUGGGGCAAGACAGCAUGUCUGACAUGGUUGAUUCCAGGAUUGUAUCAUAAUGUUAAAGCGUUGACGAUUAAUUUUAAACAGCAUUUCUUCCGUGAUCCUGUUAAUUCAGUUACAAUUUUGCUCUACUCGCAUCUUCUACCAUGUUCGCUGCAUAUUUAAAACAAAUGGUGCACGUCUUGAAGUUAAACACGUCAGCCUCCUCGUGUACCUUCCGCCCAAUCUCGAAAACCUUUAUAUUGAUCUGCUCAACUGCUCUAGAACAAGCAAUAUCCGCAAU